CAUCAAACGCACGCCACUCAACGAACGCCGUAACCGGAAGUAGCGCCGUGUGCCGCCUACGCGAGCUUACAAGUGAUUGAGUCCUUAAAGCGACGUGUGUAGUGGGGCUUCGCAGAACAUUCGAGAGGUCUCCACACCCAAGAGGACGUCCCGGAUACGCCAUUUAACCCUUGACCCAUUCGUCGUGUGGAUGCUUUAGGGAGCUGGAGCAUCGUCCUCCUCUAUAAAAGACAAAAACCCACCAAGAAGCCCUGCUGCAAUCGAUACAAGACCAGCGGCAGUCAUCGACCAGCGUUCAUUGCGGCUCUUGGACGAUCAGCGUUGUUUAUGUCUUUGUUUUGCGAAAACGAGCUGUUGCGCAGCCGUCGGAACCUGUGUGGUGGAACUCUAGCCUUCAAGCGGGGAGCUUGUGGCCACAGCGGCACAGCGUUUUUCAUGUCAGAGACCGAGCGCGCUUGCAGUCGUUUAUGUCAUCCCCUCUUUUCCAGACAGAAGAUCCCGGAAAAUCCCCAACCAAGAUUCUCUUAUCUUACUGAUAGUGCUAGCAGUCAGCCAAAAUGUCUGUCAACGUCAACCGCAGCGUGUUGGACCAGUUCUAUCGCUACAAAAUGCCCCGUCUGAUUGCCAAGGUGGAAGGCAAAGGGAAUGGAAUCAAGACGGUCAUUGUCAACAUGGUUGAUGUUGCAAAGGCGCUGAACAGGCCUCCAACAUACCCGACCAAGUUCUUUGGCUGUGAACUCGGUGCUCAGACCCAGUUUGAUAGCAAAAACGACCGCUACAUCGUCAACGGAUCCCAUGAGGCGAACAAGCUGCAGGACAUGCUUGACGGGUUCAUCAGAAAAUUUGUGCUGUGUACCGAGUGUGACAACCCAGAAACUGACCUGAAUGUAAAUCCCAAGAAACAAACCAUUGGCACUGCCUGUAAGGCCUGUGGGCACCGCGGCAUGCUCGACACCAGGCACAAACUCUGCACGUUCAUCCUUAAAAACCCACCAGAGGCCACUGAAAGUGGAUCUGCAUCUGCAAAGAAGGAGAAGGAGAAGAAGAACCGCAAGAAGGACAAGGAGAACGGCUCUGGAAGUGGAGAGGCUGGAAACCAAGAGAACUUUGACGCUCCUGAGGCUGUGGACCGAGACGACGAUGAUGAAGACUGGGGGGAGGAGACCACUGAGGAGGCCCAGAGGAGGCGAAUGGAGGAGAUCAGCGACCACGCCAAGAACCUCACGCUCAGCGAGGAUCUGGAGAAACCUCUGGAGGAGCGAGUGAACCUCUUCUACAGCUUUGUCAAAAUAAGGAAGGAGAACGCCACCAUAGACGCGGCCGACAAGGACAUCCUGGCCGAGGCGGAGCGUCUGGACGUGAAGGCCAUGGGCCCGCUCAUCCUCAGCGAGCUGCUCUUUGACGAAAACAUCCGCGAGCAGCUCAAGAAGUACAAGCGCCACUUCCUGCGGUUCUGCCACAAUAACAAGAAGGCCCAGAAGUACCUGCUGGGAGGAUUUGAGUGUGUGGUGAAGCUGCACCAACUCCAGCUCCUGCAGAAAGUCCCCAUCAUCCUCAAAGAUCUCUACGACGCCGACCUGCUGGAGGAGGACGUCAUAUUCGCCUGGGCAGAGAAGGUUUCUAAGAAGUAUGUCUCUAAGGAACUUGCCAAAGAGAUCCACGCUAAGGCUGCGCCCUUUGUCAAGUGGCUGAAGGAGGCAGAGGAGGAGACUGAGGGGAGCGAGGAGGAGGACGAGGAAGACGAUGAGAACGUCGAGGUGGUGUAUUCCCCUUCGGCCCGGGAGCUCAAAGUGGAGACUGUGAAAGCAGACAAGCCCGGAAAAGAAGAGGAGGACAUCGACAUAGACGCCAUCUAAGACACUCUCGACGAGGACGACGCUUUCUUGUUCUUGUGGCUUUGAAUCUCCUGAUUUUUUGACUGAAACCGUGGGAACCCCAACACUACCUGACUCCUCCCCUCCCCUCCGUCCCCACCUGCUUUGCAGUACCACGUAACCUAGCACUUGCUAACUAGCUGCAACCUCACUAUCACGUAGACAUGUAUUCAGUUCUUGAAAUGACGUCGCUUUGGGGGAUUUUAAUCAUGGGUGUUUCGGGAUCGAUGGAGUGCACUUUUCUGGUCCCCUUGUAUUUUUCCAGUUAAUAAAGAAUGUUUUGCUAUCCACAA